AUGACAACUGAUCAACUCAGGUUGACCAGUUCAACCACCAGGACAGAAACCAGUCCCACCAGUGACCACACAACAACACAUGGAUCCACCAACAGUCCACCCAGUAUCACCAGUGACCACACAACAACACAUGGAUCCACCAACAGUCCACCCAGUAUCACCAGUGACCACACAACAACACAUGGAUCCACCAACAGUCCGCCCAGUAUCACCAGUGACCACACAACAACACAUGGAUCCACCAACAGUCCACCCAGUAUCACCAGUGACCACACCACAACACGUGGAUCCACCAACAGUCCGCCCAGUAUCACCAGUGACCACACAACAACACAUGGAUCCACCAACAGUCCGCCCAGUAUCACCAGUGACCACACCACAACACGUGGAUCCACCAACAGUCCGCCCAGUAUCACCAGUGACCACUCGACAACACGUGGAUCCACCAACAGUCCGCCCAGUAUCACCAGUGACCACUCGACAACACAUGGAUCCACCAACAGUCCGCCCAGUAUCACCAGUGACCAUUCGACAACACAUGGAUCUACUACCAGUCUGCCCAGUAUCACCAGUGACCACACCACAACACAUGGAUCCACCAACAGUCCGCCCAGUAUCACCAGUGACCACUCGACAACACAUGGAUCUACUACCAGUCUGCCCAUUAUAACCAGUAACCACACAACACAUGGAUCCAACAUAAUCACCGAAACCAGUUACACCACCAGUAAAGAAACCAGUUCCAUCUUUGACAACAUGUCAGCAUCAACUAAUCCCCACAUGAAAACAAGUCCCAGUCCCACCAGUAACACCACAGCAGCCACACAUGGAUCCCUAAACACAACAACCACGAACAGCAACACAACAACACCCAAUGUUACCAUGACAACCACCUCUCCAAACCACACCGAACACGGCACUGCAAACGGUUCCUCUGUAACCAUGACGACACACCCUGUGACGGUUUCCCCUGACAACAGCACCCACAUCAGCUCAACUUCCACCGUGACGCCUAAUGAAACCGUGGCAACAAGAACCACAGCAGCCGGCGGCUCAGCUGUUUCUGUCUCCACAAAUAAAACCAUCACAUCAGAGACGACGACCCCACCAGCCAGCGGCGGUGUUCCUGGGUGGGGAAUAGCUCUGCUGGUCCUGGCAGCUCUGGUUCUGCUGCUACUGAUCCUGCUGCUGAUUGGACUGCUGGUGUGGUGGUGCUGCUACAGGGGGCGCUACAACGGCUUCAGUCCCUACGACCCUCUGACCCCCAGAGAUGACAUCCCUCUGUACACCACGCAUAGUCGCUUCAAAGGGCCCAACGGCAAGCCACACGAAGACCUGGACAACCGGACGGGGGUGUACACGGUCAACCAAUGA